AUGGCACAAAAAGCGCUCGAAGCAUAAUAGUUUUUGCAAUCUUUCCAAAUAUAAUAGUCUAUAUUAGCCUAAAAAGCCUAAUAAACCUAACAAAGCUAAUAAAUCUAAUAAAACACUAUAUAGUCAUAUUAAUCUCCUAAAAAUAAAAAUAAUUCAUAAAUAGAGAAUAUUAGGACAAAUAAAAAUAAUAAUGGCGAAGAAAACUCUGAAAAAAAACAAUCUUUUAAAUUACCGAAAAUAAAUUAAUAAAAAUUCCAAACAGAAUAUCGUCAUUAAGAUAAAGAAGAUAAUCACGAAGAUUAUCCUACUACAGCAUAAUAAAACCCAAAAAAGGUAAAAAAAAUCGAACACUAAACUGAUGCCAAUAAAGAAGAACUUGAUAAAAAUUUUGAAGAGCCUGUUCCACCAUUUUAAAUUUCUAGAAAUUAAUUAAUAAGAGUCGCUUCGGCUUGCCAAGAACGAAGAUUUGCAGAAGAUGUUGAUCUUCUAGAGACUAUGGGAGGAAUAAAAGCAUUAGAAGAUGGCUUAUGUACUAAUUAUAAAAAAGGGAUUAGAGAUAAAUAAGAAGAUAUUGACGAUAGAAUAAAGGCUUUUGGGCAUAAUAUGAAAGAAGUAAGUAAACCUAAGGGAUUUAUAGCUCUUUUUUUUUCCGCUUUAGAUGAUUUUACUAUGAAGAUAUUAAUUGUAGCCGCCUUUGCAUCUAUUGCAAUUGAAGUAGGAACUGCCAAAGAAGAAAAAAGAUCAACUGCCUGGAUUGAAGGAUUUGCUAUUUUAGUUGCAGUUUGUGUUUGUGGAAGUGUAACUGCUAUUAAUGAUUAUUAAAAAGAGAGAUAAUUCCAAGAACUUAAUAAAGUAGCUGAUGAAAGAAAAAAUGUAACAGUUUUAAGAAAUGGAAAAAAAUAAACGCUGCAUAUGUCUAAAGUUCUUGUAGGAGAUAUUGUCGAGUUAAUUGAAGGUAUGGAAAUUCCGGCUGAUGGUAUUGUUUUGGAAGCAUCUGAAUUAACCACAGAUGAAUCUGCUAUGACAGGAGAAACAGAUCCUGUAAAAAAAUCUAUAUUUUCAGAAUGUUUGAAAAAACGAAACCAUAUUAUUAAAAUUGGAGAAAAAAAUAGUUCAGGCUCUCAUGAUGUCCCUUCUCCAGUUAUAUUAUCAGGAACAAAAGUAUUAACAGGAGAUGGAUAAUUAUUAAUAACAGUAGUCGGAGACUUCUCUUGUGUAGGUAAAAUAUCAAAACUAUUACAAACUAAAGACGCUGAAGCUACUCCACUGUAAUAAAAGUUAGAAUGUAUUGCAAGAGAUAUCGGUAAUUUUGGUCUAAUAUCAUCCAUAGUGAUAAUGUUAGUACUAUUAAUCCGUUUAGCGAUAGAAAGAAUUUAAGAAAACAGCUGGAAUCAUAGUGAACAUUGGGCAUAAAUCCUAUAAUUUAUUCUAAUAGGCAUAACAGUAGUAGUUGUAGCCAUUCCAGAAGGUUUACCUUUAGCAGUAACCCUAUCUUUGGCUUAUUCAGUGAAAAAAAUGCUCCGAGAUAAGAAUUUAGUGCGAAAAUUACAAGCAUGUGAGACUAUGGGAGGCGCUGAUUGCAUUUGCUCUGACAAAACAGGCACUUUGACAUAAAAUAAGAUGACUUUAUCCACUUGGUGGAACGAAGAAUUACAGGAAUUUGAGAAAUAUAAAGACACAGUAAAUAUAAAUGAUUACAUAUCUGCAAACUAAAAAGAUAUGUAAGAACUUUUCUUUUAGUCUUGUGCGAUAAACUCUUCUGCAGAUUUACGUCCGGAUAUGAAAGGUUCCAAAACAGAAAUUGCAAUUUUGCAAUUAUUAGAUAAAUUCGGAGAAUAAUACGAAAAAUGGAGAGAAAGAUAUGAAAUAUUAGCUAGAUUUCCUUUCAGUUCAGCAAGAAAAAGAAUGGGUGUAAUCCUUAAAAUGAACGGGAAACAAAGACUGCUUCAAAAAGGUGCUUCUGAAUUAGUUCUAAAUGCCUGCGAUACAUUUUUAUCUAAAAAAACCGGAAAAAUAUAACCUAUAAACGACGAAUUAUUAAAUAAAAUGAAAGUUGCUAUAAAAUCGAUGGCUGAUAAUGCACUAAGAACAAUAGUAUUAGGCUACAAGGAGUUAAAAGGCAACGAAGAUAUCGAAACUAAAGACAGGCUAGGAGUUUUUGACAUAGAAACUAAAGGCCUAACCCUCUUAGGCAUAUUUGGAAUUAAAGAUAUUUUAAGAGAAGAAGUUCCAGGGGCAGUAAAAACAUGUUAAAUGGCUGGUAUAAAAGUUCGUAUGAUUACAGGAGAUAAUAAGGACACAGCACGUGCUAUUGCUAAAGACUGUAAUAUACUAACACUAGCAAAAAAAGAAAACAUUCAAUAUUAAGUAAUCGAGGGUACUGAAUUUAUAAGACUAACAGGGGGUGUAGUGUGUAAAGAAUGCCGAACUUUCGAAUGCGGAUGUCCUAGGGAUGCUGAUGUAGCCGAAAAAGAAAAGAAAAAAGUAAGAGUUGACGUAAUUAAAAAUGGGGAAGUUUUCGAUAAAAUUUAUUAGGACAUUGAUGUAAUGGCCCGUUCAAGACCUGAAGAUAAAUACGCUAUGGUAGUGGGACUUUUAGAAAGAAAUCAUGUUGUGGCAGUAACAGGUGAUGGUACAAAUGAUGCUCCGGCUUUAAAAAGAGCGGACGUAGGCUUCGCAAUGGGUAUUGCAGGAACUGAAGUAGCCAGAGAGGCUGCAGCAAUUAUACUUUUAGACGAUAAUUUCAAAAGUAUUGUGGCAGCUGUUAUGUGGGGCAGAAAUAUUUACGAUUGUAUAAAAAAAUUCUUACAAUUUUAACUUACAGUUAAUAUUGUAGCAGUAGGAAUUACAUUAAUAGGUGCAGCUAUUUUAAAAAUGGAAAUACUAGUACCUAUUUAAAUGUUAUGGAUUAAUCUUAUUAUGGAUACUUUUGCCUCUUUAGCAUUAGCCACAGAACCUCCAACUGAAGAACUUUUACAGAGAAAACCUCACAAUAGGGAUGAAUAUAUUAUUUCAAAGAAAAUGUUUAAGCAUAUUAUUGGAUAAUCUAUAUUUUAAUUUGCAAUUUUAUUAAUUUUUGUCUUUAAUGGUGAGAAUUUUAUACCUGAAAAAGGUGAUAAUUUUGACUAAGUAAUAAAGUAAAAUAAAAUCAAAGAAUUUAAACUUCAAUGGUACUUGGCUAAAUAUUCUGACAAUAGAAGGAUUUAUGUAAGAUCAGGUAGAGAGAGAAGUUUAAAUGGAUUGUAAAAAGAAUAUUUAUUAGUACAGGAUGCUUACGAUAUGUAUUCAAGACAUUUCACAUGUAUUUUUAAUGUCUUUGUUUGGUUAUAAUUAUUCAAUUUUAUUAAUGCAAGAAAAUUAUAAGACUAAUUAAAUGUGUUUGAAGGUUUAAAAAGAAAUCUUAUGUUUCCUGUAAUUGUAGGAUUUAUUAUAUUUGCAUAAGCAUUAAUUAUUUAAUUUGGAGGAAAAGCUUUUAGAUUAUAUAAAUAUGGACUGACAGUUGAAUAAUGGUUUAUGUGUGUUGGAUUUGGAUCUUUAAGUUUAGUUUCAUCUUUUAUUCUGAAAUUUUUUAGUGAAGAUAAAUGCUUUUAAUUAGGAAAAAAUAAAGUUAAUCCAUUAGCUACUAAUUCUAAAGUUCUUAGUUUGAAAGGAAAUAGAGAUCAAUAAAGUAUGAAUAGAAAAUAUUCAGUUUUAUAAGGAAAUCAAAUAAGAUAAAGUUCAUCAAGGAAUAAUUAUAAAUGA